AUGGCUGAAAAUAUUAUGUUGCCAUUUUCCUUCUUUACGUUGAUCCUGGUUGUCUUGACUUCACCGCUGCAAUAUACUGGUGUUCCUUCAUCCUGUCAAGGAUUGCAAUCGAAACACGAAUUCAGUAAUUUUUCCGUCGGCCAAAGAUUCGCUACAGGUAAGUUUUAUAUGUGCAGUCUCAGACGAGCAGAUUAUUCUGUUUUAAUACUUCGGUAUAUGUUGCAUGACUGUGUCCUCCUUCUUUAGCGCGGUAUAUUAAUGUACAAUUUCCUAAAUACUGGGGUAUAACAGGAAAAUCAUAAUCAGAGGGAGCCGACAUUGUUUCCUUACUUAUUAUUUUCUAUAUACAGAUGAUAAUCUUUCAUUAUGGGUCAGACGCUCUCUGAUUGUAAUGUUUAAUUCUAACAAGCUCGCGGCUACCAGGCUUGAAGACUACGGUCAGAAUUUAUAACUCGCUGAGUCAGGAAGUCGAAAGCAAGCUUGUUACAUGAGUAAAAAUAUUACGAUCAGAGAGCGUCUCACCAGAACUAUAUAUGCAUCCUAAUCGCGCGUCCUCCAUAUUUGUAGAUAAUCUUUCAAUUUGUGUAUACAAUGACACAACAUGCUGUACUGAAGACAUGGAACAGCUACUUCACAAGCUCAGCCAAAGCAAUGUACGAAAUAUACACACAGCGAAAAUGGACUUGAUCCAAAAAAUAUUUAGUAAUGGUGUGACAACAUUCAAAGGUGCGUGCUACUAUGACUAUGUUUUCUUUCUUUGUUUUCAUAAUGCCUCGAGCUGUAUAUUUAUAAUAUGUCCACUGAUAAUUUUUAUUUUCAUGUGUGUCAGUGUGCUUGUUUCAAACUAAAAGAUACGGAAAUUUUGGUGGUUCUGUUAAUCCAAUUAUAAAUGGUGUUUUCGUAAACCACGGGGAAUUAAUGAGCUGGUGACUUUUCCCUCCACCGCGAGGCGCGAGCGAGUAGCAUCCAUCAUAUGCAUGCAUGUAGGCCAUACGACACCCCAGUGAAUUGUUUACUUUGUCUCGGUCAAUAUAGUUUUGUCGGAAAUGUCUUGGCUUGACUCCAUUUUGAUGCAGCCCUAAUCUUAUUUUACCUGCGUUUUGGCAAACACUGAAUGACUGAGUCUUGUUGACUUGUUGUACAGUCUUGGUCUACGCUGUGCUUGUAUUAAGUGCAUAUUGUCUUUCAUGCAUUUAUCAUUACAUUUUACUUAUAUUUGUCUUAGUGAAUUUUCAUAUAACAACAGUAAUUAAACUGCGGGCAUAGUCUUUUCUCAUUGAAACCUUUGCCCUUUGGUAAACAGGAAUAUACACUGCUCUUUAUUUAAAAUAAUGUGGUGACCAAAGAAGACUAAGAGUACUACAGUAUGGAUCGAGACACCGCAGGUUGAGAUUACAAUCUAUAUAUGCGUAUUUGGAGAUCUUAUUAAAUCUCACUUUAUAUGCUUGAGAUCUUCUCAAAUCUCAAUUGAAGUAUUUCAAAUUACUGUUUUGUUUUAUUCCCUCCUACUUUUCCUGAAACUUUCGUACUUUCUUAAUAACUUUAGCUCUUUAUAGAUAAAACGAAGGCAAAUCCUAUAAACGAUGCCAAUGGGCAACUCUUAUCUUUGUUAUAUCAACUAUAUACAGAAUUUUCUUGAUUAAUACGCGAGUACCUAGCAUUCUUUCAUUUUAUAAUAAUGCCAGAAAUAUAGUCAAAAACUUUAAAAACUUCCGCUAGCAUAUUCGUUAAUCGCGACAUGUUUUCCGCUUUUUGCCAGUAAGUUUCGACACGAAGUUUUAAGUUUCGCAUUAUAUACAUUGCGUUAUACCUGCCUAACGCCUAGCUCCCGAAAUUUUAUGUAAAAAUAAUGAAGAAAUAACCAUAGUGCCGCCAGUGGCUCUUGUUCUUGAUAAUUAUGCAGAAAUAUUGAAUUUACAUGAAAUGGCAAGACUAAAUUCAUCUUUGUAAAAAAGAGAAAAAAAUCGGUAUUAUUUAUGUGUGACUUUUUGUGCAAAUUUACUGAUGCAUUAAAUGGUGUUUGAAAUAAUCAGUGAGGCGCGAAGUACACCAGCUGCUUCAAAGAGUUUUAAUUAUAACCAAAGCCGUGUUUGUAAAAUCCCUGCUGGAUAAAAUAGUGCACGAAUAACAAACCGCUGGUUUUGUUUUCCUUUAUAAUGUUAGUAUAUUUAAAUGUUCUAUCAAGCUGUGAGAGAAUUUAAGUUCUAUCCAUUGGUCCCUUCAGUCUGUCAUAUUUAUAUAUAUGAUCUUUUGUAGGGACUAUUUCUUAUGAAUCAUUGUGACAUUGCCAAGUAGCUUAGCAUACGAUCUAUUUUGAGAUUAACUUCCUUGACAAUCACUCAAUGAUAAAUGGAUUAUAGAGUCGGGUCCAUUAUACCACACGUAAAAACCUACGAUGAGUACAGUCCUUGAAUGCUCUUGUGUUGUGGCUCAGUCGUUCGUUUUGAACAGUCAUGUUUCAUUGAAAACCUACGUAAUCAAAUGCACAUCAAUAGAUUCAAUGUACUAUAUAUAUAAUGUCCUGAUUCAAUGUACUAUAUGUAUAUAAUGUCCUGAUUCAAUGUACUAUAUAUAUAUAUAUUUAUAAUGUCCUGCGUUUCGUCUAUAACGAACUUUCUGCAUGCCACCGCAAUGACGUCAGCUUUUGAGGUUAUUCAUAUAUAGACAGUUGAAAAAACCCAAAUGAAUUCGACAUGAAACAAUUACGAUGGAGUGUGUAUUUUGGAUGUAAUAUUUCAAAUCCGAAAACGAGGAGUAGACGGGAUAUCAAGUCCGAGGAAGGAGUUGAGACCUGCUGAAUCCAAUCCGAAUUUAAGGUUUUGAAAUGACAUCUCAAUAAUAGUCAUAAAUCAUAUUAUGUAUAGUGAGGUUGGUUAAUUUUGAUCCAUUCAUAGAAAUGAAUUAAUUUUAGCGUAUUAGUAAAAAUGCCAAAUGAUUAUUUUAAUUCGGGCAAACGUGCCUGCAUGUCCGUGCGAUUUUUAGACACCACUAUUGGAACAGGUUCUGUGACAACAAAACACAACAGAGUAUAGAAUAGAUUUCCCAUAAAGUACGAAUCACAAACACGAUCCCUUCUGUUUUUUUCUGGUGGCCAAUUACAACUUCAUUCUGUUUAGGGACGGACCAUUUGAUUUUUGAUAGGGGAGUGGGUAGAUUUUCAGUUUGCUCGAUAUUUUUUUUCCGCCUCCUGACACUGUUCGAUUUUUUUUUGUCAGUCAGAGGACUUGCACGAUAUUUUUUUGUAUGCAUGUAUAUACAUUUUUUAGUUUUUUGUUUUUACAUUUUUUGGUAUAUAAUAGGUAAUUGUAUCACUAAUUGCCAAACGCCUUAUAAGCUCCUACAGGCUACACCACUAACACCAUAUUUGGAUGCAAUCACCUACAGUCACACUGUGAUCACCCUUACCAUCACAAUCAUUCAAACUCACUAUACCAUUGAGUAAGUUAACCCUUAAUUGAAGGAUCUGCAAAUUUGCUACACUUCACCAAUACGAACGAUGAACAAUAAAGUGCGUAGUGUUGGAAUGUCCCGCAAACAACAAGACCUUUGGUAGGAUAACUUGUGACUAAUAACAUGUAUAAUAGUUACAUCCUUUCACUGUGUAAUUGGUUAUUUUCAGUUAUUUCAUAAUAAUUUGUUUUCCUCUUGGUCUCACAUUAUUUUCCGAACUCCUAUAAAUUCUCCUUCCUUCUCCUCUUCAAAUUAUAUCUACACCCCCUCCCUCUUAAAAACCCUGCUGAAGAAAACUGUUAGGUCGAAACGCAUACCCCUGUACGCUAUUCCUACUCAAUUUCAAUCUCUCGCUCUUAUAUCCUCGCCUUUGAUCGUGUCCCAUAAAAAUUUCACUUAAUUUAGUUUCUACGGCCGUGAUUUAAUCGUAGUGUUCCUAGUUUUUUACGUACAUGUUCAUCAUAGGAAUCGGAGUAAAGAAAUAAAGAACAACCAUUUUCGGAAUUAUACUGGUCCUCCCAUUAUUUAGGCUACAGCGCCGUAGGAAGCUCUUUUUUAUUGGGGGGGGCUGAAAGCGAGGGCCGAAGGCCCGAGGAAAUUUUUAAAAUUUAGAGUCUCUGAAAUGCCAUUUCCUGGACCCUGCAGCCCCCGGUUGCUACAUACGGCCCUGGGCUACACGCGGAAAUGCACCGAAUGGCAAAUAAGAAUUACCACCCGAAAGUCUUGCUCGAUAUUUUUUUUCGUCCGUUUAUUCUUGCACGAUAUUUUUUUUAAGUUCGAAUUGCUUGCCCGAUAUUUUUUUUGGGAUUCUACCCACCCCCCCCAUCAAAAAUCAAAUGGUCCGUCCCUAAUAUUGUGAAUUUCACCAUUCUUUUCGCACCGUCUUAUUUCCUGUAUCGGUGAAGUGGGUGAAAAGAGCCUAGGAGUCAGGAAGAUAUUUUCUUCCAGUUAAGUGCCUACAUUGCAAUCUAAAGCAAUUUCAAAAAUUCUACCACUGAAUGCACGAAGUAUUUCAAUUUUGAAACUGAAGUUUAUUUGCCAGUGCCAUGGCACAUUGCUACUUGGUGCUUCAAUAUAUCAAGGACGUCAAGGAAGAAAUAAUGUCACUCAACUGUCAGUGUCAUUUUGAUGCGAAAUAAUUUUUGAAAUUGAAAGUAGCUGUGGUGGUAUAAAAUCGGUAAAAUAUGGUUCAUUGUUUCUCUUAAUCUGUUUGUCGGUUAAAUAAUCUCAUCCAUUCAAAUUAAUCCUCUUGUAGGAAACUAUAAACUACCCUGUCAUAUUUUGAAAGUUAAAAAAAGCCAGAUAUAUAUAUACCCUUCAAAUAUUUUAAUAUCCACCUCGUGUUCGAUAACAAAAGGGAAGAAUGAAAAUUUGAUAACAUUUCGUGCUGAUAUUCGCAAAUUAUCAAUAGACCCGUCCCUGAGUAUAAUUACUGCAUGUUUAAUGAGAAAUAUGAGAAAUCAUAGGCGUACGACAGGGAGGGGCUGCAGCCUCCCACUCAGUUUUAGUCGGGCAGAUUCUACUUAAAAUUGCUUGGCCUGCCCAUCCUGCAAAAAUGUAUCUUGUCAUGAUAAUAAUGUUGAUUAGUAAGAGAAAUGAAAGUAAUUCGCCUUUAAUUUUUACAAUUACUAGAAAUAAUUGUAUAUUAAUUACGUCUGUGUAUCGUCCUAUUUACCACCUUUACGGCAUCGAUCGUUCGUAAUAUGCAAGAUGAUGUAUAUCUUGAGGGAGGUGUCAUCCUCAGGAAUUCAAUAGAGACCUUAAGAUGUAGGACGGAAAAGCGACGACAACGGCCAAAACAAAUUGAUUCAAAUCAAUGAUUGUAAAGAAAGCUUAUCGUAUAUUAUCAUUCGUAUGAAGUUAAAACAGCUUGACAAGAUCAAAAUAGAGGCUUUCUAUUGAGUAGAAUUCCACAUUAGCACUUAACCAAUUUGCUGGGUAUCCACUUCUUACGUACUAAAAUACAAAUGUUGCACACAGGACGUAAAAACUCUGAUUUUACCGGUUGUGAACAGACCGUGGACGACGUCUAAGUCUCCCGUGGGAUUUUAAUUAUUCAUUUUUUUUCUUAAAUAUUAUUAAUUCCAUUGUAUUACUAGUAGCCGUUGCCGUCGCGUUGCCGUCCUAAAAUCGUAAGGUCUCUAAUGAAUCCAUUACCUCGUAGGCGUACGACAGGGAGGGGUUGCAGCCUCCCACUCAGGUUUAGUCGGGCAGAUUCUACUUAAAAUUGCUUGGCCUGCGCACCCUGGUAUAAUGUAUCUUGUCAUGAUAAUAAUAUUGAUUAGUAUAAGAGAAAUGAAAGUAAUUCGCCUUUAAUUUUUACAAUUACUAGAAAUAAUUGUAUAUUAAUUGCGUCUGUGUAUCGUCCUAUUUACCUCCUAUUCAUCUAUCAAUAAACGCAUGACAAUAUAUCGGCAAAUGUUUGUCCUUCUUCCUAAUCUUAUAUAAGUUCUAGUAGUUUACUACUAGUUUAUUACACUUGUGACCAGGAACAACUCUCAUUGUGCAUGGUGCAAUUAUCAUAUAAGCCGACUGAUCGUCUCUACUUUUACUGCGUCGAUCGUUCGUAAUAUGCCAGAUGAUGUAUUUCUUGAGGGAGGUGGUGUCAUCCUCAGGGAUUCAAUUCAAAAGCAAGACAGAAAGAUUUUAGCAAAGUAUUAAUCGCAAACAAGGAAACUCUUUUGUCAAAUUAUUUGUAGGCAGGCGUAUGCAUGGUUUGACUUUAGUGUUCCAGAUUAUUUAGUCGCAUCUACCCAAGAUCAAGAAGCACAAUUUUUUCAGUUUCCUAUAUAUCUGAAAUCCCACUUUUCAUUUUUAUUAAUCGUUUACCUGUACUUACACGUAAAUGCACAGCAAUAAAUUUCUGUAAUUGGAUGAUUUGUGAAAACACCAGAUUAUUUAUUUUACACAGCUUUCAAUUCGUAAUCCGGAUCUUCAUCAUGCAUUAGUCAUCUUCAUAUUGUUUCGCCACUGUUGAUGCACGGCUUAGUGGUUUACGGAUCGAUCGGCUUUGGGACUGGUGUUUUCCGCCAAAAAAAAUAAGUGCAAAGCCGUAUGUCGUGAUAUAUAUCUGCCAAGUGUAUGCCACCCCCGUCCCGUCAUCACCAAAGAACCUCCACAAAUAAAUCGAUGAUUGAAAAAAAUAAUGGUGCAUGAUGGGAAGCCCACUGAUAUAUAUGUACUCAUUGGACAUUAGCCCUAUUCACAUUAGAGACGGACAAGUCGUCUUAGAUGAACAAAUCGUCUCUCAAAAAUCGUCUUCACAGACGGACAAGUAGUCGAACAAAUUCGACGACUUGUUCGUCUAAAAUUUUGUCCGACACGUUUUCACAUCUGAUGAUGUGUCCGACUAAAAGACGAUUUGUUCGUCUAGACGACUUGUCCGUCUUCUAAUGUGAAAAUGGCUAUUGACGACUGUGUUCGGAGUCAGAUUCUGCACCUGGCAAACACCGCGGUCAAACGUCCGCGUUACUUCUGUAUUCAAAAGACUGGAAAUAGUCUUCACGAGUUUGUCUAGUAGUAGUAUUGUCUAGCAAAAAGUUCAAAGAAAAUUACGAGUGUUUCACUCAGUAUAACUUCGUCUUGACACAAGGAAAAAGCGUUGAAAUUCCCUACUUUAUAACUUCAGCCGCAUUUCCCCCUCCAUUUCCGUAUACUCGCGCAUGCGCUUUACGUUUGACGGCGGUAUUCACCUGACAUGGUAUCCAGUCGCUCUUCCCGCGUCCCAUCACUGCACGACUCUUUUUUUCGGAACGAUUUGAAAAGACUAGAAGAGUCUAAUUAUAUGCAUGUGAUUUUAAUUACGUUUUGUGAAAUCACUUAUAAGAGCGUGUAAAAAGGUGAUAAUAAAUCUGGCAAACUAUACUUCAAGAAUUUUCUAUUUUAUUUCAACAACAAGAAAUUAAAGAUUAAAUUUUGUAUUUGUAACUACUUAUACAGUAUGGCACCAGAUUGGUGUUAAUUCUUUAAUCUUCUGUUGUCUGGUUAUGUUGAUGGUUAUGAUGGUUAUUUUAGGUUAAUCUUUGUUUGUAUAAUCUGUUUAAUAUCUAAAGAGUCAUCAUAUAAACAAAGAGCACAAUUGCACCUACAACGUAGGUAGUGUAAAUAUUGGAAUUCAUUAAGUGUUGGUGCCCACGUAUUUCAAUAUUUUGUCGAAGAAAUAGCGUAGAUCAAGGUUGUUAUUUAUAGCACAAACAUCGGACAAACAAACUGAAAUUGACUUCCAAAUGAAUGCAAACUGACUAGCUAUAUUCUGUUGUUAAGCCCGCAAGAAUUGUGGGAAUAUUCGGACAAACUACACAUGUGACGUCAAAAAAUGGGGAACCCUUUCAUGUAUGCCUAUUUCUUCUCAACUUAUUCUUGUCCCCAGACCCUUCUCCUUCAGUCACUCGUUGAAAAUCAUAAGCUCUGCAAAGCUCUGCAGGAUUAGAUACCAAAAGAAGGGAUCUGAUUGGCUUCUCAGCGAACGGCAAUUACUGGAAGUUGAGCAGUUUUCGCUUUUUAAAAACAAUACCAAAAUAGGUCAACACAAAUACUUCAUUAACGUUUCUUCGUAAUGCUUCGAAUUCAGUUUCUCCGUAAUACUUUUGUUCCUCGUCUCACGGUCCUAGUAAUGAGAUACUUUCGUAUUUUGUUGAGAUUUUAAAAGUUACUGGAAGAUAUCUAGUAGUAGUAUCCCUCGCAGCCACUUUUUGUAUCGUUCCUCCCCAAAUAGCUAGAAUAUAUCCAUGCCUCAUACUCGGUCCAAACAAUCAUAUUCCUCAUCAUAUGACCACAUAUCCCAUGUAGUAAUAAUGUAUAAUUACAGCAUUACGCGACUUAUCAAGAUUACCAUGGGCGCUUUCAUUAACACGGUCAGAACGGUCAAAUUGUUGAAUGAAACACAAAACAUUUGGGCUUUGGACCUAUCUGACCGGAAAAUUUGGAUAACAUUAGAAUGAUGUCCAUUUUCGCUAGAUAUUUGAGAAACAUAGACCAAAUCUUUCCAUUGACACAGAGAAAAGAAUUCGGGUCUGACCGGUCAGGCCAUUAAAUGGAAAGCGCCCUAUAUACAAAGAAAACAAUCCUAGAAUGCCAGCCAACGUCAUCGCUAAAAUAGUAACCUGGCCACCCCUAGUUGAGAACAAGUGACUGUGAUAUGUGAUUACGGUAUAACCGUCUUACACUAUGACAUCGGAGGUUAAAAUCGUCUUAAGAAAAUCAGAUAUUUAUUUCUUUGGGAAAAUUGUACAGUAAUAACCACUGAUCUGAAAUAAGACUGGAUAAAGCAUCUGCUGUGCAUAAGUGAAGCCAAUGGCGGCCAUAUUGGAUGGCCCCACCAUUAAUCUAAUCUGGUGUUGUGGACAUGUUUAACUCUUCCUUUACGUUUCUAGUCACUAGUGGGAAAGGACAAAUAUUGCCUAUAUAAGAAUUUAUUAUCAGUAGCUCUCUUUUUUUCCUAAAUUUGCCGGGGCCGCUAUAAGCCUCAUUAUGUGGUGUAUAAAACGUUCUAAAUCUAUUUCAAAGAGGUUUUGGAAGCUAUAUUUCACAAGUUACAUAGGCGAAGAUAUUUGCUUUAUAGUCUAACUGAACUUGAACAGCAAACGAUUAGACUGGUCAUGAAUUUGACUAAUUUAUAAAUCUCAUCUCAUUAAAACUUCAAAAUCGGAUUACUGAAUUCAAUAGGAUGCUUUUUAUCCAGUCUUAUUUCAGAUCAGUGAGUAAUGACAAAUUCUAUCGUAACAAGUUAAUAACCUUACACUUAGCAAUUUACAAGAUGCAACCUCGUGCCCAGGGUACUUUCCAUAUGAGAAAAUAUCGCAAUCUCGUACUCAGAGGGGUAGAGAAAUAUCAAAAUCAUUCUCAUCAUGUAUGCAGCAUAAUAAAUUUAUAUUCAUGUAUUUCAUGGAUUCAUAGUCUAGUAAAUUGCUGUUAUUUUGUCAAACGCUACGUCUACGUCAAGCUGUUGUAGUUUGUAUCUGACCUACAUACCUCAAAAACGUUUCGAAGUGCUUCAGGAGAUCGUGCAGUUGGCACUAGAUGUGCAAAUCCGAUCCGAUCGGAUUCGUUCGGAUUUCGAAACAAAAAUAUGCAUGUCGGAUCGGAUUGAUAAAGUUGUUUCGUAGUCGGAUCGGAUCGGUCUUCGAUAUUCGAAAUAAAAUGAAUUAAUUAUUCACGCAUUAUCGCAAGAAUUAAUUAUCCAUGCAUUUAUCAAAGCAUUAUCGCGGUUGUCGCUGCAUUAUUAGUUUGAUACUUCAAUUGGACGUCACUUUGUCAGCUUCUUGACAUGUAUUUCUUGCUUUUAUAUUUAUUUGGGUAAAUAUUUCAACUUGAAUGAAAAAUUUAUUUUAUUAAAGGAUUCUUCGGAUCGGAAUUCUUUAUCAAAACUCGGAUCGGAUUCGGAUUAGACAAUUUCGGAUCGGAUCUGAUUUUAAACAUUAGCCAAUAGACUUUAUGCAUAAUGACGUCACAAGGCUUGAUGCCCGCCAAGAAUGCUGGUCUUAGUAGUCAUCGGCCGGGAAAAUUAAACAAUUCACUAAUGGCCACUAUCGAAACUUUCCCGGACGAUGACUACUAAGACCAGCAUUCUUCGCGGGCAUCAAGCCUUGUGACGUCAUUAUGCAUAAGGUCUAUUGACGGAUUAUAAACGUCCAAUCCGAUCCGAUGCACACCUCUAGUUGGCACUACCAUGCACUGCCUUAGUGCCUGUUUAUCGAGCCCAGUUUGCUGGGAAGCUCACCUGAGUGGGAUGAAUUAUUUCUGUGUUCACAUCACUCUUCUCGCAUCCCACCCAGUGAACCCAAUUUAUUUUACUUUACCAAAUAAACGAAAAUGGACUUCACUGAUCCCAUCUAGUCAUGUAGUCCACUUAAUAUCAGGCAAGGCGUUCCUGGUUACCAAACAUACAUGGUAAGAAUGUUUAACAUUUUAUUUCAGAUUUCUUUGAAGGUCACAUAGACUCAUCAGAUGCAGCAUUGGAUAAGAAGUUUACGAGACUUUACCAAGACGUGUACGCAAAUAAUUCUCAUGUCACCAAGUCAUUCUACGACAAACUACGAAAGCAUUAUAGGAAUGGCGACUAUAAAAUUAAUAAAAUUGUGGAUGACUUCUUCAAAGAAGUGCUAAAGAGAAUGUAUGUAUAUGUAAAAGGAGGGAAGGCAUCGGAUUUUGAUAUGGACUGCGUUUCAUUGACAUAUUACCAAAUACAGCCAUUUGGAAAAGUCCCAAGAGAGAUAAUUCCUCGGUUAGAAAGAUCCAUCGCUGCAGCUAGAUCAUUGAUCUAUGGUUUAAAAGUUGGAAAUACAGUUGUUGAGAAUCUCAAUAACGAUGGAUGGUUUUCUGACAAAUGUUUGAAAUCUGUUACAAAAAUGAGCCAGUGUUCAAUUUGUGCUGGGUACAGUAAUCUUAAGCCAUGUGCUGGACAUUGUAUCGACGUUUUUACUGAAUGCCUCUCUUCAUUGACUGAGUUGGAACAUGUCUGGGAUGAUUAUCUCUUCUAUUUAACUUUUCUUGGCUCUAAACUUUCCGCAGAAUAUGAUUUUGAUGCGAUCACUAGAGAGUUACCUAACGAUAUAUCCUUUGGAAUCACCAACUGUCGAGAUGCACUUAUACAAAAAAUUAUACCCAAGGUCUGUAAAAUAUUUUUUAUAUAA